AUGCCUCACAAAGUCAGCGACUCGACCUCCUCUCUGUCCAGCAGUGGCAGCAGCAGGAACGGUGUUGUGGUGACGGACAUGCGAGGCUCGCAUGCUGGUCCCCGUCGAACACAAGCUCCCGUCAUCAUUCACAACCAGGGAGGACAAAUCUACGAUGAGACGAGACCUUCCGACUGGGAUAAGCAACGGUGGAAGUGA